GCUUGGGGGGUUUCAAUUCAGCGCUAAUGUAUUAUGUGUUACCGACCGGAGCCGACCUUUUAAGAAGGUCGCAGGUGCAGGUCAGACAUGUCACCGAGGAAAGCAUCUUGACAUGCAUCAAGUGUGUCAUAGACAGAUACGGCGGAGAGAAUCCGGUAAAUUUUCGAAAUUACUUAAAAGUCACACAAGACCGAUGUUCUAACAGCGGACCAGAAAAAAAUGUUCCAGGAAAAUGACACAACCUGAAUUUUGAAAGGCUAAUUCCAAACAUCAAAGCCACCGAUACGGAUACAUGAAAGUCAGGACACGUGCUGUAGUUACUGUGUACAUGUAGGCUGUACAAGAAGAAAACCAUUUUGGACUAGUGCAUUUUUAAAGAAUCCCUUCUUGUUCACUUUGUUUUGAACUGUCCGCAAGAUGUCGGUUGAUCCAGAGAUGGCUGAUACAGCUGUUCCCAGCACCUUUGUUGACUACUUGGAGAAGCUGAAAUGUUACAUGAAGACCACGAAGGGUUUCAUACUAACAGCAGAGAUUAUAAUCAGCUUGAUUAUCGUUGUUUGCUAUGGAGUGUCCCUGCAUGCGGGCUACACCGCUCUGGCCGCCUUUGAGAUGUUCUCCUCCAUAGCCUUCUUUAUCAUCUUUUGGUUGGAGCUGGACAAGAAAUUUCAAAAGAUAGACUGGGUUUGGGUUGACCUUUUCCGUACUGGCAUCGCUGUUCUUGUUUUUAUAAUCACCUCUCUGAUCUGUGUCAUUAAUGGCACAGGCGCGCGCAUCAUAGGCGGGGUGUUUGGACUGAUUGCCGGCCUCGUGUAUGCCUACGAUGCUUUUACCAUUUUACAGCACAUCAAGAGCUCCAAGGACCGCACAGAACCUUCCAUCGACGAGGGAGCUUAAACCCAAAAAGGAAACGUCUCAAAAAGGAUGGCUCAAUAAGCAGUCAAGAGUAGUGAACUCAUCUUUGGUCAUUCUCGUCCAUGUUUGUUUUGUUGUAUUCCCUUACGCGAGUUUAGCUCAAAACGAUGACCAGCUAGUAGAACGAUCCAAUUUCAAUGGAAAAAGAAAAGAAAUAGAAACAACUUUUACACUAAGGUUUGUUUAUGCCUGGUGUCUCCAGUCAACUUUUUAACCAAAUUGCAACACCGGAGUGCCCAGUUUUUGGCGAAAUAGGCCAAAUCUGUCAGCAUUUAAAGUCAAAAAGGAAAGCAAAUGCAAAAACCUUGGAAGAUGUCAAUUGAUCCAUAAACCAUGUGGUGCUUUGGCGCCCUUCCCAAAUGAGUUCAGAUAGGUUUGAACACUAUCAGGGGAAAUUGACCAAAAUGAGACCCCGUGGUUGCCAAGCUUUUAUGCCAACCUGCCUUGUCAAAAAAAGUGUGUCGGUCAUCACGAACAUAUUCCCACUUUUGGAGAAAUGAAAUGGCGUGGGCAAACCUUAUCCCACAUACGACGACUGUUUGGAAUGAGGACAUGGCAGAGGAGGGAGGAGUAUGUUGCUGAAGAAGUUAAGAAGAAGAGGGAAUGCUGAUCCACUACGUAGGAGACAGAGUAUAGUAAAGGCAAGUAAAGGGGGAAUCCGAUUAUGGUCCCUUCGAUAGAAGGUGUUAAAAGGCAAACUCGUUGAGUUGAUAUUGAUAUUUAAAAUGGAAAGAUUUUCAUUUGAGCCAAAAUAGCUGUGAAACAAAGUAAAUUAUUCGUCAUUGUGACGUAGCACGCCACCGCACAUAACGAAAUGUGAACUCGAACCUGAAAACUUCCGGACCCAAAUCUUGCUUCCUUAACCACCAAGCCACCACUGCCUCGGCAGUGAGAGCACUGAAUCCUAGCCACCAGACCACUAGGGAUCUCCAGAAUGAGAAAGAGAA